AUGUUCAUGGAUCGCUCCCAGCCGAACGUAGCUGCAAUUCGACUAGCCGUGACACCUUCCUCCUCGAUUAAUGCUACUAUUACAGAUUUGAUUGAUGGACGAGGUGCCGUUCGAUCUGAUCCCCAUUCCACAGGUAUGCUGGACAAUUCUAGUACGAUAUAUUCCGCAGUGUCACCGCAUUGGCUGGGAAAUAUCACUGCAUGGAUCUUCUCGACAAUCGAAGGGCCAGGUCUCGAUGUCGCGUCUCGCGCAAACGCUUCUUCGAGCUUUUAUCUUCCAUCAAACGAUAGCACCAUUGGGCAAUCCUGGAACGUGGCAUUAGAAGCUGGUGCUACUGUCACCAUCUCGAAGUACGUCGGUAUUGCUUCUUCUGAUGGUUUUAAUGAUCCACAAUCCGUUGCUCAAGACGCAUCUUUGCAGGCUUCUCAGGCUGGCUUUGAUGAGCUGUUCAGAGGUAGUUCGCAAGCAUGGGCCGAAAUUCUUACAGAGGACAUGGUCGACGAUUACACUCUCCCCGAUGGUUCGCUUCCAGAAGAUCAGAACGUUAUCGACAUGCAAAUCAUCUCAAAGGCCAAUGCUCAUUACCUACUUCAAAACCUUCUGCCCGAGGAUGGAAGUGACUUGAAUCACUGGUCCAUCAGCGUAGGUGGACUCGGCUCAGAUUCUUAUGCUGGCCUCGUCUUUUGGGAUGCCGAUAUCUUCAUGUCGCCAGGAGUCUCUGUCUCGCAUCCUAAGUAUGCGGCUCAGAUCCCCAAAUAUCGCGUUAUGCUGUCACCACAAGCAGCAAUCAACGCUCGGGAGAACGACUUCUCAAGCGAGGCUAUAAUAUAUCCUUGGACAAGUGGCCGUUUUGGUAACUGCACUGGUACUGGGCCUUGCGUCGAUUACCAAUACCACCUAAACAGUGACAUUUUCCUCAACAAUUUGCUCUACUGGAGAGUCACUGGAGAUGACAGCUGGUUUAAGAGUCAAGCUAUCCCUGUCAACGAUGCGAUCGUGCAAAUGUUUUCCGAGCUGGUAGAGUACAACCAGACGGUCAACGGUUAUUCGAUUGCUAAUCUGACUGAUCCAGAUGGUAAGUACGACUUGAUAUAUACAGAUAGUACUGAGCUAAAACGCACACANGAGUACGCAAAUCAGGUUCCUGAUGGUGCUUACACACUGGCCUCGGUCGCCAAGAUUAUCGAGUGGACUCAAGGAUACUCUGAAGAGUUCUCGUUGGAGGUUGAAGCCAACUGGUCGUCGAUUGCAGGGAAUGUUGCCUUGCCUUUUGCACCGUCUGGAAUCUUGACAGAGUUUCGUGGCGCGAACAACACGGCAGUAAUCAAGCAAGACGAUAUUGAUCUGAUCAACUAUCCUCUAGAUUACAGCUCCGAGAACUAUACCAGAGAAGACAAGCUCACCUCGUUGGACUACGUGCGUAUUGGUUUAGAGUGCCCAUUAGACGUAUGCUAA